UAUUUUUUUAUAUGUUCAGAAAGAUUUCUCUCUUUAGUUUCCCUCUCUUUUUCUCAGUAGUCACUCCUCUUUUCUCUGACAUCAAAAGCUUUUCCCUUUUUUUUUUCUCUCUUUAUUUUUUUGUCCUUUGGGUUUAAACUGUUUCACGAAGAACAGACAUUGUUAAUUUCCAUUCAAAACUCUUUUGGUUCAAUAAAAAUGUCUCACACUAACUGGGAUGCUGAUAAAAUGUUAGAUUUGUAUAUCCAUGAUUACUUAUUAAAGAGGGAUCUAAAGGCUACUGCACAAGCCUUUCAAGCUGAAGGGAAGGUCUCAUCUGAUCCUGUUGCUAUUGAUGCACCCGGUGGGUUUUUGUUCGAGUGGUGGUCUGUGUUUUGGGAUAUAUUUAUUUCCAGGACAAAUGAAAAACAUUCUGAGGUUGCUGCUUCAUACAUUGAGACUCAGAUGAUAAGAGCAAGGGAGCAGCAACAGCAGCAACAGCCUCAGAGCCAGCAGCUACCUAAUCAACAACAGCAGUUGCAAAUGCAACAGAUUUUAUUGCAUAGGCAAGCACAACAACAACAACAGCAGCAGCAGCAUCAACAGCAGCCACAACAACAGCAACAACAACACCAGCAACACCAGCAGCAGCAGCAGCAGCUGCAACCGCAACAACCACAGCAUCCACCACAUCCACAAAGAAGAGAUGGUUCCCAUUUGCUCAACGGUACUACGAAUGAACAAUCAGGCAACGAUACCCUUACUCGACAAAAUUCCGGCACUGCGAAUGCCAUAGCUACUAAAAUGUACGAGGAGCGGUUAAAAUUGCCCCUUCAAAGAGACUCCUUAGAUGAUGCAUCAAUGAAACAACGAUUUGCUGACGAUGUAAGCCAACUCAUAGAUCAAAACCAUUCCUCUAUUCUAAAAUCAGCUGCUGCUGGUCAACCUUCAGGGCAAGUUUUGCAUGGUACAGCUAGUAGCCUGUCUCAGCAGAUAGCAUCUCGAAAUCAGCAGCUCCAAGGAUCUGUAACAGACAUAAAGACCGAGAUGAAUCCAGUUUUGAAUCCUCGAGGUGCUGGGACUGAUGCAUCAUUGAUAGGAAUUCAUGGAUCAAACCAAAGUGGUAACAAUUUAACUUUGAAAGGAUGGCCACUCACAGGACUUGACAACCUUCGAUCUGGGCUUCUCCAGCAGCAAAAGUCAUUUAUGCAGGCUUCUCAGUCCUUUCAUAACCUUCAGAUGUUGACUCCACAACAUCAGCAGCAGCUUAUGCUUGCUCAACAGAAUUUGACAUCUUCGGUAAAUGAUCUGGAAAGCAGAAGACUCAGAAUGCUAUUGAAUAAUAGAGGUAUGGGCUUUGGAAAGGAGGGCCUUCCAAACUCCCCUGCUGAUCUGGUCCCGAAUGUUGGAUCACCUCUGCAAACUGGUUGUCCUGUUUUACCUCGUGGAGAAGCAGAUAUGUUAAUGAAGUUAAAAAUGGCUCAAUUGCAACAACAGCAGCAACAACAGCAACAACAAAGCAGUCACCAGCAACAUCAACUUCAGCAACUUCAGCAGAAUUGGCUUUCUGGUCAACCUUCUCAAGUUUCAAAUCACAAUCUUCAUCAGCCAGACAAGAUCACCAUGGAUGGUAGCUUACCUAACUCCUUUCGGGGAAAUGAUCAGGCUUCCAAAAACCAGAAUGGGAGAAAGAGAAAGCAACCAAUAUCUUCUUCAGGGCCUGCUAAUAGCUCAGGAACCGCUAAUACAGCUGGACCUUCCCCAAGUUCUGCCCCUUCAUCACCCUCUACUCACACAGCUGGAGAUGUAAUGUCAAUGCCAUCCUUCCCUGGCACUUCAAAGCCAGCACUUAUGUUUGGCACGGAUACUAGUGGUAGUGGAACCCUUGCGUCAACAUCAAAUCAGCUGGCUGAUAUGGAACGUUUUGUGGAGGAUGGAUCUCUAGAUGACAAUGUAGAGUCAUUCUUAUCGCAUGAUGAUGCAGAGGCCCAAGAUCCAAUUGGUCGUGGUAUAGACCCAAGUAAAGGAUUUAUGUUCACGGUAGUUCAAUCUGUUCGAGCAAGCACAGCCAAAGUAGUAUGCUGUCAUUUCUCAUCAGACGGAAAACUUCUUGCCACCGGUGGGCAUGAUAUGAAGGUUGUCCUAUGGUAUGCUGAUUCAUUGAAGCCUAAAACUACACUCGAGGAACAUACAAAAUUGAUAACUGAUGUCCGCUUCAAUUCUAGCAUGUCUCGCCUAGCAACGUCUUCCUUCGAUAAAUCUGUUCGAGUUUGGGACGUGGAAAACCAGGGCUAUUCUAUUCGUAAUUUUAUGGGACAUUCUGCCACUGUAAUGUCACUAGAUUUUCAUCCUAAUAAAGACGAUCUCAUCUGUUCUUGUGAUGGGGAUGGUGAGAUCCGCUAUUGGAGCAUUAAAAAUGGAAGCUGUACCAGGGUGUUUAAGGGUGGCAGCACCCAGAUAAGGUUCCAGCCACGUCAUGGAAAGUAUCUUGCUGCAGCUGCAGAGAAUGUCAUAUCAAUACUCGAUGUGGAGACUCAAGCUUGUCAACACAGAUUGCAGGGCCAUACAAAACAGAUCCAUUCAGUAUGCUGGGAUCCUUCCGGUGAAUUCUUGGCUUCUGUUAGUGAGGACUCUGUUAGAGUUUGGAGUCUAGGCUUAGGGAAUGAAGGUGAAUGUGUUCAUGAGCUGAGCUGCAAUGGGAACAAGUUCUACUCAUGUGCAUUCCAUCCUAGGUUUCCCUCUCUACUGGUGAUUGGCUGUUACCAGUCAAUGGAGCUGUGGAACAUGUCAGAGAACAAGACCAUGACUGUAUCAGCUCAUGAUGGGCUCAUUGCCUCGUUAUCUGUAUCUGGCGUGACGGGAUUGGUGGCUUCGGCUGGUCAUGACAAGGUUGUGAAGCUCUGGAAGUAGAUUUUGAUCCAAAUACGCCAGGUUAUUUUUACGACCGUUUUUGGUUACUCAUUGGUAAGGUCCAGGCUAUUUCCUGGUGAUUUUGUAACUUAACUAGGCUUUGUCUCUUAAAAACAGUUUUAGAAGCAAUCUUAGUGACGGACUUCCCAUGAAUUUUGUCUGGUUAUGUGUUGGUGACUUGGUGUAUUAGCAAUGAACAAUCUCAGAAACAAUCUUAGCAUAUUUGCCUUUUCCUAAAAACAUUGCCAAGCUUGGACGCUGUGAAGUACAUCAACAAUGUGAAAUUCUUGUUAAUCUCUUGGUUGUUUUACCUGACGAUGUAAUGCUCAUUUAAGCUGAGAACAAAAAAUAAUAAAUUUCACCAAUGGCAUCCUAAGGUA